CACCAGCCAGAGGGAGACGUUAACACCUCCAGUCAGGAUGAGUUCCCUGACCUCUGACCCUAACCAGACAGACGUCAACACCAUCAUCCGACCCCCUUACUUCUUCAUCAGUGGUUUCAUAGCCAUCCCCGACAUGAACUACUACUACAUCUUCCUCUGUUUUGUUUACAUCAUCUCCCUGGUGGGCAACACCUUCGUCAUGACUGGCAUCUACGUGGACCGCAGUCUCCACAGCCCCAAGUACAUUGCUGUGUUCAACCUGGCCUUCACAGACGUGUGUGAAAGCACGGCCCUGGUUCCCAAGCUGCUGGAUAUGUUUCUGUUCAGCAGACAGCUCAUCUCCUACGACCAGUGUCUCACUAGCCUCUUCUUCGUCUUCCUCUUCAUCACCAUGCAGUCCUUCAACCUCACCAUCCUCUCCUAUGACAGACUGGUGGCCAUCUGCUACCCGCUCAGGUACCACAUGAUGAUCACUCACAGGUCCAUGCUCCAGCUGACGGGGGCCGCCUGGACAUUUGCUGUGUUGAUGGUGUUGAUCUCUGUGUGUCUCAUCACCCGGCUCUCUUUCUGUAGGUCUCUGGUGAUCGACAGCUACCUCUGUGACCACGGUCCCCUGUUCCGUCUGGCGGCCCCCUGUUCUAACGUGUUCCCUAAUCAGAUGAUGGCGUUUCUCAACCCCUGUAUAGUUCUCUAUCUCCCCAUGGUCUUCAUCAUAUCAUCAUACAUCUGUAUAACACACGCCCUGUUCACCAUCACACUGCCCCAGGACAGACUCAGAGCCAUAAAGACAUGUACCUCACACCUAAUACUGGUGGCCAUAUUCUACCUGCCAGUUAUUUUAACAUACCUCCUCCAUUCCCUCAUACCAACCAACGCCCGGAUCAUCAACCUCUCCCUGACCUCGAUACUGCCACCAAUGCUCAAUCCCAUCAUAUACGUUCUGAAGACGGAGGAGUUUAAGGUAUCGGUCAAGAAGAUGCUCAGAAGAGGGUCCCAAAGGGCUGUGACGCAGGUCAAACCAACAUGCAUGGCUCACGAGCAGUCAGUCCUUGUCUCUUCCAAUGCCACAUUCGUCCGUCCGUCAUAUUUCUACAUUAAUGGUUUCGAGAACAUCCCUCACAUCAAAUACUACUACGUGUUCCUGGGUCUGGUCUACGCCGUGACAGUCCUGGCUAACUCCUUCAUCAUGACAGUUAUCUACCUGGCCAGGAACCUCCACACGGCCAAGUACGUCGUAGUCUUCAACCUGGCUGUGACAGACCUGUGUGGGAGCACGGCUCUCAUCCCUAAGCUCAUAGAGACUUUUCUGUUUGAGAAGCAGUACAUCUCCUACGAGGCCUGUCUCAGCAGCAUGUUCUUUGUCUAUGUCUUCAUGACUAUGCAGUCUCUCUCUCUCCUCACCCUGGCCUACGACAGGUUCGUUGCCAUCGUCUUUCCUCUCAGGUACCAUGUUAUUGUGACCAGAACGGCCAUGGUGAUGAUCCUAGUAGUACUGUGGCUGUUCACGCUGGCUUUGAUAUCCUUCACUGUUAGCCUCAUAACUCGCCUCUCCUUCUGUGGCUCUCUGGUGAUAAAGAGCUUCUUCUGUGACCACGGCCCAACCUAUGCACUGUCCUGCAACAACAACUCUCUCAACAACAUCAUGGCUUGGGUCUGUUUCCUGGUGGUAAUGUGUAUCCCCAUCGUACUGAUAGUCCUCACGUAUUUCUGCAUUGCCAUCGCGUUGAUCAGGAUCGCCACGGGGGAGGAGAGGGGUAAAGCCAUGAGAACAUGCACCUCUCACCUAAUUCUGGUGGCCAUCUUCUAUCUGCCCAUGGUGGGUAAUAACAUAGCUGCAGUAGUCAGCUACAUACAUCCUAAUGCCAGGAUCAUCAACAACUCAUUGACCCAGACCUUGCCUUCUAUGUUGAACCCCAUCAUAUACUCACUGAGGACAGAGGAGGUCAUGGAUGCCAUCAGAAAGCUAUACAAAAGGAGCACUGGGAAACUGAACACAAUAAGAAUCGGCACGGACCCAGUCGGCACGGACACAGUCGGCAAGGACACAGUCGGCACGGACACAGUCGGCACGGACCCUGUCGGCACGGACCCUGUCGGCACGGACCCUGUCGGCACGGACACUGUCGGCACGGACACUGUCGGCACGGACACUGUCGGCACGGACACUGUCGGCACGGACACUGUCGGCACGGACACAGUCGGCACGGACACAGUCGGCACGGACACAGUCUUGGGCUGUGGCCCCAAAAAUCUCAGUUGCGAUCCACCAUUUGGGAAAGACUGUUUUAGACACGUUAACCAAUUAUAA